AUGCAAUCUUUCCUCGAGCGCCGCAGAAUCCGCAGAAAGCUUGAGCAACAAAUCGUCACGAAACAUGGAACCCCCGAGGAUGUCUGGACCGACGAAGGUCGCUACUAUUACCGUGAUGGCGAGAUUCACACGCAUCCCCGCGAGGCGGGUGACGAUAUACCUGCUGCGCGGAGAAGAGAGCAUGGCCAUCGUACUUUCAUAUCCGGUCCAACUAUCAACCGACAUUCUGCGAGAACCCAUCUCGAGAGAGAUGGAGAUGUCGAACGCGCGGACGUCGACCCGGAUCUUCAAACCGAUCCUCAUACAAUCAAUACCCAAGAGACGCUGGGUAACACAACUGAUAUGAUGGUGACGGGCGUUGAAAGAAUCGGGCCGCGCACCGGUAGGGACACGGGUGUUCAUGAUGGCAUUCCCACCGGAGACGGCGAGACUGAUAUCGAAAGUGUAUCGGAUAUUGAAUCGAUCAAGAGGAACAAAAUUAUCGUCGUGACUUUUGAGGGUGACCUUGACAUGAUGGAUCCGCACAACUGGUCCUUCAAACGUCGAUUGUGGACGACACUUCUUACUUCGGUCAUUGCCAGUGUGAUGUUCUGGUCGUCUACCAUCGAUGCCACCGCCCACAAAAGAACAAGUUCACUGUUUCAUACAAGCUUUGAAGUUCAGACUUUGCCCACUACUUUCUACUUGGUUGGACUGGGCGCCGGCGCACUAGUAACAGCACCCAUCUCAGAACUAUUCGGACGCACUCCGGUAUACAUUCCGACCACUGUGGGAUUCAUGCUUUUUAACAUGAUUGCGGCCCUUUCUCAUAAUGUGGAGCAAAGGAUCAGUUGCCGUUGCAUAGCAGGCCUUUUCGGGUCUGCUCCCGCCGUCCUUGCAGGGGCGUCUCUCGUCGAUGUCUGGUCACGCGUGGAGCGAGUCUAUGCAUUUCCUAUAUUCGCUAUCAUCGGGUUCUCGGGGGCACUAGUUGGUCCAAUUCCCGGCUCCUAUGUUGUCAACAGCCACUUUUCCUGGCGAUGGGUGGACUGGAUCACAAUCAUAUACGCAGGGUUCAUAUUGACUCUGAUGAUCCUACUGUUGCCGGAAACCUACAGCCCUAUCCUGUUAUAUUGGAAGGCAAAAGAACUCCGCCGUCUGACAGGAGAUGACAGGUAUCGAUCGCCAUUGGAAUUCAACAAAGUUUCAUUUUGGAGCCGCCUACGUAUCUCACUCUAUCGGCCUAUUCUUCUAUUUGUGACAGAACCGAUCAUCUCCAUCCAUGCCACCUACCUUUCUAUCCUAUUCAUUGUGCUUUACACCUUCAUCGCGGGAUAUGUCUCUAUCUUCCAAGAGAAAAAUAACUUCUCGGCCACUGAAGCAGCUCUUGCUUUCUUGGGUAUUGAAGUUGGUGUUCUCCUUUCGGCGCUGACCGUGCCACUUGCGAUGUGGUUCCUCCGCCGCGAUAUCCGGCUCAGUCGUGAAAAGGGUCAAAACCGUCCAGACCCAGAAAUCAGCUUAUACAUGGGCAUGUUUGGUGCUCCAUUCAUCCCCGUCUCACUGUUCUGGAUGGGCUGGACAUCGCGUCUGUCCAUUUCAUUUUGGUGUCCACUGAUUGCGUCAGUAUUCUUUGGAUUCGGCACGUUGUGUGUGUUUGUGUCGGCGUUCCAAUACGUCGCAGAUUCGUUUGAGCUUAAUGUUGCCAGUGCUCUUUCGACGCUGCAGAUGAUGCGGCUCGUAAGUGCUGGUGUCAUGGCGAUUGUAUCUGAGGUGAUGUAUAAAAAGCUUGGUAUUGGUUGGACAUUGACACUUUUGGGAUGUCUCUCGUUUUUGUUCUUACCUGCACCUUAUUUAUUGUAUUGGAAGGGGGACAAGGUACGUUCAUGGAGCAAGUAUGCUCGCAGAGACGAAAAAAAGUGA